AUGCGCCGUCUUAAUGAUUUCGAAUGCAAUAUGGUGUAUUCGUUGUACAUGAAGCGAAUCCCAAUGGCCAAAAUUGCGAGGAUUCUCGCCACUCGACUUCCUGGAAUUACGAGCGUUAACGUGUCGUUGACUUCUGCUCAGCACUGCAAAUUGAUUCGUGAACAAUACCUUCCGCUGGCUGGAGACCUCUACGCAUUCCGAUGCAGACUGGUUCACAAUGAUACGACCAUCCAUCGAACACGUCUUGUUAAGGAGACCCUGGACAGCUUAAAUAUCCAUAGUUUGAAACGGCCACCAGAAAGCUCUGAUAUUAACCCAUUGGAGCAGGUCUCGCUCGACUUGAUGAGUUUUCUCAGAGAUGAGUUCAAACCAAAUUACGAAAUUGACAUGGCGAAAGGAAUCCGUAAGUUCUGGAAUGACAGCAUUAACGAUAACCAGUGUCGAAAUUAUAUUGGGCGCAUACGCACAUUACUAAGAAAAGUCGUCUCGACGAACGGGAGCUGUGUUAUGGAUAUGUAG